AUCAUUCAGAAUGUCUAGCAGAGCCAGGAAAAUAUUAGAUAUGGCAAGAGAGGGAAUCUAUGAGGUUGGAGAUAACGGAAUAUGUAAUCUGAUCAGCUGUGCAGAAAAUAGUAUUGUGGAACCAGGCUUUGCCACCCUCGAGGAUGUAGUUUACCCCCAACCAACACAUGAUCUGUUUGAUUCAGCUAUACAGGAAUUUCACCAAUCGGUACCAGCACUAAUUGACGGCAUAGGACAGUCUGGCAGCACACAAUGUGACACCUUACAGUCCAACGAAGAAGUUAAUUUGGUUGAAGGGGAAAAUGAGAACGCUGCAUAUGACACGUCGCCAUCAAAUGAAAAUAGAGUUGAUUUGAUGGAAGAAGAAAAAGAUAACGCAGCAUAUGGAAUGGAAGAACAAACAGAAGAGUUGUUCCAGAGAAAAAGGGCUAAGCGGCAUAAUCUUGACCAAUCAAUGUGGUUAAAAAUUAGAAAUCAAGCGAACCGCGAAAAGGGCUUAGCAUAUAAAGGCAAAAUGAAGGUUGGUGGAAAAUGGAAAUAUGACAUUCCUCGAAACAAGAAAAUGUUAUCUAAUGUUUGCGACUGUAAGAUAACAACUAAAUCUAGUAAAAUAGAGUGUAGAAAAUUGACUCAGGAAAACCGAGAAUAUAUAUUCAAUAUAUUUUGGAACCACAUGAAUUGGCAAGAGAGAAAAAUUUAUAUCCAGAGUUUGGUGAAAAUUGAAAAUUUAAAAAGAAGAAGGGGAGCCACUGAAAAUAAUCGAAAAAACUAUUCACUAAAGUACUACCUUAAAGUCGAGAACAAAGAAUUAAGAGUCUGCAAGAAAAUGUUCCUAAAUACUAUGAGCAUGAAGGAAUCUACAGUAUUAAACUGGACGAAAAGUGACAAAUUGGAAGAAAAUGAAAAGAGACUAAAUGACAAAAGAAAACAGAGUAGGAGUAAAAUGUAUGGAGGAAGAUACGAGGCACUAAACCAGUUUUUCGAUUCAUUACCGAAAGUCGAAUCACACUAUUGCCGAGCAUCAAGCAGCAAACUGUAUUUGGAACCGAUGUGGGCUUCAACAAAUCAGUUGUAUGGCUUUUACAAACAUCAUCAUUGCCCUGACAGAGGUGAUGAACCCGUAUCACGAACGAUCUUUUUCAAAGAGUUCAAUAAACGAAAUCUCUCUAUAUAUGUUCCCAAAAAGGACCUGUGUGACACCUGUGUUGCAUACGAUGCAAAAAAUCUUCCAGAGGAAGAAUACGAUUUACAUCAGGUAAUGAAAAAAGAAGCUAGAGAAGAAAAAGAGAAAGAUAAGAAGUCAUCUGCUUCAGUCUUUACGAUGGAUUUGCAAAAAUUUGAUACUCCUAAUUACUACAAAUCCAUUCGACCCGGUAGAGAUACAGUAGUUAAAAUACGUGCUUUAAAGUAUGACCCAUCUGGAAAGAUCUACUACAAAUUGAGGCACACUGACCCCUGGGAUCAACUAAAUCAGAGAGUUAAGCUGUCACCACCGAGACCAACACAGAGCUUACCAAACAUGUAUCAAGAAAGAAGGAAGAUAAAAAAGGAAAAAUAUGAUCAUCUCCAAAUUUUGAAGAAAACUCUACUUCAAGAUUACCAUACCUUCUAUGAUAAUCUUCCCUACGAGGAAAAUUAA